GACGUCCAUCGGUUCUUACACGAAAUCGGGACUCGAUCAAUUUUGACAAAUUUUUCGUGUUUUCGUGUCCUUUUUCUAAGGUGUGCACCUUAUUCUACGGUCGACGAAUAUUCCAAAAAAUUUCAAUUGCUAUGAAGAAUUAAUCGUAGAAGGGAUUUAAUUGAAUUAAACGGGGAAGAUAGUUGCAGUCCAGAAACCUAACCAAAUUUUGCCAAGAUUCUUUGGAACCUCAAGAAUUUAUAGAAAACUUCGAUCGGUAGCCGGGAAUCCUUAAAGGAUGAACAGUCUCGCGGAGGGUGCCACCUUCGACAGUAUCGUGAGAUACGUGUUGAAGCACAUGAAAAUCACGCAUGCACGAGCUGGUUACCUGGUGAUGGAGGUUCUGAAGGCCGGGAUCGCUGUGGGAAGAAUCAAGAGAACUCCUCGCGGUACCUAUAUUCUGGCAUCGGAGAAACCUGGCACCAUCGCUCAUCGAAUAAGAGAGCCUCGAUUUAGCGACGAUAGUAACGACGAUGUAUCUUCCGACGAAAGCUCCUAACCCUUUAUGUCCAUUAUUUAUUCAUAUAAAUUCUGUUCGUCGCUAGAAAUAUAUCAAUUUUUCUGUAUAUUCUGUAGAUUCACAACCAGAGAAAAAAAGAUUUCUUCUUUCAUUCGUAAAAUACAAACGGAAAGGGCAGAAGUUACGUAGGAAUUUAAUAAUGCAUGUACCCCCCACAUCGUUCUUACUAAUAAAAUGCUAAUGACCGUAUGCAAA